AAAAACCCUAAACCUCUCUCUGUAUUAUAAAUUUCCCCCAAAAAACUCCACAUCUCUUCAUCCUCUUCCACUGCAAUCUCUUCAUUCAAUCUCUCUUUCUCAAAUCAUCAGCAAUGGAAUUCUGGGGAGUUGAAGUUCUGGCAGGGAAGUCAGUUAAAGUGAAGCCUGAUUUUGAAACCCUCAUCCACGUUUCCCAGGCAUCACUUGAUAAAGGGAAGAAGGGAGAAACUGCUUUGUUGUAUGUGACUGUUGAUAAGAAGAAGCUUGUGUUGGGAACACUCUCUCAAGGCAACAUUCCUCAGAUUAGCUUCGAUCUCGUCUUUGAGAAGGAGUUCGAGCUUUCACACUCUUUGGAGAGUGGAAGUGUUCACUUUGUUGGAUACAAAUCCCCCAACAUGAUGGAAGAAGAGGAGGACUCCUCUGACUCAGAAGAGGAGGAGGAAGAAGCGCCAGUUCCUGCAGCUGUUGCUACCAAUGGUGGCUCGAAUGUUGUUGUCAAGGCUGACUCAAGACCAAAGGUCACGCUUGUGGAAGCGAAGCCUGAGUCUGACGAGGAGGAGGAUGAUGAUGAGUCUGACGAGGAGGAUGAUUCUGAAGAGGAUGGAUCAGACUCUGAGAAAGGAAUGGAUGUUAACGAGGAUGAUUCAGAGGAUGAUUCUGAAGAGGAAGAGACCCCUAAGAAGCCUGAGGUGUCCAACAAAAAGAGGCCGAAUGAAUCUGCUUCCAAAACACCUAUCUCAGCUAAGAAAGCAAAACCAGCUACACCACACCCAGCUAAAAAGGGUGGAAAGAGUCCUAUGAAUGCUAACCAGAGCCCCAAAUCUGGAGGUCAAUCAUCAUCCGGUGCUGGUUCUAACAAGAAGCAAUUCAACUCUGGCAAGCAAUUUGGUUCUAACAACAAAGGCAAAGGCAAAGGAAAGGGCAAAGCCUAAGUUUGAAGUGGGAGCUUUGGAGGAAAGAAACCGGUUUUUAUUUUAAUUUUUGUUGUCUUCAGAUUUUUAUCUAAAUUGCAAUUUUAUAAAUGUCAUUUCAGUAUGAAAAUUGCUGGAUUGAGAAAGAAAACGAUUUUGAAUCAUGAAACUGUUUUACUAUCA